AUGAGCGCAACCAUGACCAUGACCGCCGCGCCUCUGCCGCCGCCGACGCUCUCCCUCUCGACGGACCGCUCCGAACAACAUUCCUGCCCGUCCUGCGGCGUCGUCCUCGAACCACCGCCUUCCCUCCUCGAUGCCCAAGCCCGCAUCGCCGACCUCGAAGCCCAGGUCCGCCUCCUCAACCAAAAGGCCGCCGCCGCCGUCGACCGCUGGGCCGACUACGAAGACGAGCUCGCCCGCCUGCGCAUCCAGUCCUCCAAACCGCAAACCCCUCCCGCCCCCAUCCCCGCCCCCGCGCCGACCCCCUCGCCAACACGCACUUCGUUUCUCUCGGGCGGCGCCAACAGACUAUCACAGUUGCUGAGCCCGCGAGGCAUGAAGAGCACGCCGAAUCUGCGAGCGCCGUCGCCGCCGGCGCCGGGGGAUCCCGCGACGACGGAGGACCUGCUGGAGGCGCUUACGAGGGAACAGAAGCUCAGGGUACAGGCCGAGGCGAGGUUGAGCACGACGAGUCAGGAGGUGGAGGAGUUGAGCGUGAGCCUGUUCGAGCAGGCGAACGAGAUGGUCGCGACGGAGAGGCGGGCGCGGGCGAAGCUGGAGGAGCGGGUUGAGGUGCUCGAGAAGCGGGACCAGGACAAGAAACGGAGGUUGGAGAGGCUGGAAGGGGCUGUCGGACGGAUCGAGAGAGUCAGGUCGUUGCUGGGAGAGCUGAAGGGCACCGCGGAGGCCGAGGGGCCCGUGGGAAGCCGAGGCGAGGCGGACAAGAGGGAGUCGACUUUAACAACGCCAUCUUCGCAAUUAUGA